UCAGAGGCUGCUUGGCUUAGCCCAAGCCGGCCCUGGUUGGCUUGCCACCCUCCAUCUGGCUUAUAAAAGUUUGCUGAGCGCGGUCCAGAGGGCUGCGCGGCGGCUCGUCCCCCUCGGCUGGCGGAAGGGGGUGACUCUGGGCAGCGGCGGCGGCGAAGGAGCGCGCGCCGCGGGCUUCUGGGCUCUGGCGGGCUUUCGGCUCCAGGGUGCCAGGUGAAGAGCGCACGGGCCUGGGGGCUUCGGGAACUGGCUUUGCAUGUGGCACCAUGCCUUCUUGGAUCGGGGCUGUGAUUCUUCCCCUCUCCGGGCUCCUGCUGGCCCUGCCGGCCCGGGCGGCGGACGUGAAGGCGCGGAGCUGCGGAGAGGUCCGCCAGGCGUACGGUGCCAAGGGAUUCAGCCUGGCCGACGUCCCUUACCAGGAGAUCGCAGGAGAACAUUUACGAAUCUGCCCCCAAGAGUAUACAUGCUGCACUACAGAAAUGGAAGACAAGUUGAGUCAGCAGAGCAAGCUGGAAUUUGAAAACCUGGUGGAAGAGACGAGUCAUUUUGUUCGUACCACCUUUGUCUCCAGGCAUAAGAAAUUCGAUGAAUUUUUCCGAGAGCUCCUGGGGAAUGCAGAGAAGUCACUGAAUGAUAUGUUUGUACGGACUUACGGCAUGCUCUACAUGCAGAAUUCAGAAGUGUUUCAGGAUCUCUUUGCAGAGCUGAAAAAAUACUACAUGGGGGGCAAUGUGAAUCUGGAAGAGAUGCUCAAUGACUUUUGGGCUAGGCUCCUAGAAAGGAUGUUUCAGCUGAUAAACCCCCAGUAUCACUUUAGUGAGGACUACCUGGAAUGCGUGAGCAAAUACACAGACCAGCUGAAACCAUUUGGAGAUGUGCCCCGGAAGCUAAAAAUCCAGGUGACACGCGCCUUCAUUGCUGCCCGCACCUUUGUCCAGGGUCUGACUGUGGGCAGAGAAGUUGCAAAUCGAGUUUCCAAGGUCAGCCCGACCCCCGGUUGUAUCCGAGCUCUCAUGAAGAUGCUGUACUGCCCAUACUGCCGAGGUCUUCCUGCUGUGAGACCAUGCAACAAUUACUGCCUCAACGUCAUGAAGGGCUGUUUGGCCAACCAGGCGGAUCUCGACACCGAGUGGAACCUAUUCAUAGAUGCAAUGCUCUUGGUGGCAGAGCGCCUGGAAGGACCAUUCAACAUUGAGUCAGUCAUGGACCCUAUAGAUGUCAAGAUCUCUGAAGCCAUUAUGAACAUGCAAGAAAACAGCAUGCAGGUGUCUGCAAAGAUCAUGGCUGGGGCCAAGGAAAAGGUCCAGGGAUGGGGCCACCUGCCUUGUGCUCAUAAGACAACAGUUCAAAGGCACCAGGUCUCUGCAGGCCCCAGCACCAUGUCACAUUCACCCGAGCACUUGGAACAGAACAGUGCUGGGCUGCUCCCUCGAGAUAAAGUUGUCCCCUUGGUCAUCUCCUCCAUGACCUGUUUUAUGCCACAGUCCUGCCACGAUGAUAAUAUGAUCCAGAUCGGCACUUCUCCAACUUCUCCAAGCUUCAGUCACCUCAGAGUUGGUCCAGAAAACUUAGGUGGUGCGCACAGAUUUUGCAUUUCUCAGAAGCUUUCAAUUAAGGUGGAUGCUGCUAAAACUCCUCUAAUCUGUUCUACUUUACCUACUGACCUAGUGGCAGUGACAGUGAGAAUGAUGAUAAGUUGUCUUGUUGGUGAUGGAAUGUUGAGGAUGAUGAAUGAAGGUGUUGUUAGUGAUGAUGAUGAUGAUGAUAACGACUUGUCCAUGGCAGUGGAAAGGGACGACGUCACUGACAUCAAAGAGAAACUAAAGCUCUCUAAAAAGGUUUGGUCGGCGCUUCCCUACACCAUCUGCAAGGACGAGAGAGUGACCGCGGGCACUUCCAACCAGGAGGAGUGCUGGAAUGGGCACACGAAAGCCAGGUACUUGCCUGAAAUCAUGAAUGAUGGACUGACCAACCAGAUCAACAAUCCCGAGGUGGAUGUGGACAUCACCAGGCCUGACACCUUCAUCAGACAGCAGAUCAUGGCUCUGCGUGUGAUGUCCAACAAACUGAAGAAUGCAUACAAUGGCAAUGAUGUCAAUUUCCAGGACACAAGUGAUGAAUCCAGCGGCUCAGGAAGCGGCAGUGGGUGCAUGGAUGAUGUGUGUCCUACAGAGUUUGAGUUUGUCACCACAGAGGCUCCUGCAGUGGACCCUGGCCGGAGAGAAGUGGACUCCUCUGCAGCCCAGCUCGGUCACUCCUUGCUCUCAGCUUUCCUCGUCUGUGUGGUCCUGGCACUGCAGAGACUGGGCAGAUAAUCCUGGGUCUAGGGUCCCAUGAAACUGCAUUUUAGCUCUUUGAACAGCCAACUCACUUCUUUUCUUACUCUUGGCCAAUGGACCAUGCCACCGCCACGGAGCGUUUUCUAUGAGAAGAGAGCAGUAUGCACUCUGCCUCCCUUUCUGUUUUCCCAAAGAGUUCCGGG